CGUAUUUGGAAUUUCCAUAAGUAAAACUGACAUUAAUAAGAAAGUUAAUGACGUCAAUAUCUGAAACGUUACUAUUAUCUGAUCGAUCACAUCAUCAACAUGUACAUUUUUCAAAAACAAAUAUUAAAUAUUAAUGAAUAAUUGAAAAUUUGUCAGUAGUGUAGACCUACUUUCAUAGUUUAAUGUUUAUUUUAAUAAUUAAUUAUGACCCGUAUGUCAAUGUAAUAUUUUAACAUUAAUUAAUUGGAGUGUAAUUUGCUUAUUAUAUUUGUAUACUACAAUGGCAUUCAUACCUAAAAAUGUUAUUGAUAAAGCAGAAGAUAUUUCAGAACUGGUUAUAAAAAACUGUAAUGCAUACUUACCUACAGCUUCUCGAUUAUGUUUAAUAUCAACAUUUAUUGAAGAUGGCUUACGUAUGUAUUUUCAAUGGUCAGAGCAGAGCAAAUACAUGGACAUGUCUUGGAAAUGUGGAAUGUUCCUAGCUACCGUGUUUGUUCUCAUUAAUUUAGUUGGACAACUGGGUGGAUGUAUACUUAUUUUACUACAAAAAAAUGUUCGAUUAGCCUGUGGAAUAUUAUUUUUUAUUGUAAUUUUACAAACUGUAGCAUACAGCAUUUUAUGGGAUGUGCAUUUUCUACUUAGAAAUUUAGCAUUGAUUGGAGCAUUAUUAUUGGUACUUGCUGAUAGUGAAGUAGAGUCAAAACCUCUACUUGCUGGUAUUCCUUCAUUAGGAGAAAACAAGCCAAAAAAUUAUAUGCAACUGACAGGAAGAUGCUUGAUUGCAUUUAUGUUUAUAACAUUAUUAAAAUUUGAAUUAUCAUUUUUCCAGCUCAUUCAAGACUUUUUAGGAACCAUAAUGAUGAUAUUAGUGUUCAUUGGUUAUAAAACUAAACUCAGUGCCUUAGUGUUAGUUUUAUUUUUGACAAGUUUAAAUUUUUAUUAUAAUGCAUGGUGGAUAAUACCAGAAACAAAACCACUUCGUGAUUUUCUCAAAUACGACUUCUUCCAAACACUUUCUGUGAUUGGAGGAUUAUUAAUGAUUGUACUUAGAGGUCCUGGUGGUGUAUCUAUGGAUGAACAUAAGAAAAAUUGGUAAUCUCAAUUGUAAAAUAAAUGUUUAAUAUUAUUAUGUUAUUUUUCAUAAACAAAUAUAAAAAGUUUGAUUAUUUAA